AUGAUCGAAGCAGCUAACGUGACCGAUCAAAUUGACACCGUUGUUUUAUUAACAAAAGUUUGUACAAAAUCAAACGAACGAUUCACUUGGCGAGCUGCCAAAACACGCCUGUUCAAUAAUGUUGCAAUUCCGUUGCGAACAGACGAAGAGGCCGAUGAGUAUAUGCAGGCGAUUGGUGAACAAAUCAAGGUGACGAUGGCACUAGCUGGGAAAACGAUCAAUUUGUCUUCGGUUCCUACACUUACUAAUCCAGGAAGAAUCGACAAGAACAAGUAA